GUGCGGCGGAGGUGGCGGCACGGAGCUCCGCGCUGCUGCUUCUGGGGCUACUGCCGCCGCUGUCGCUGUCCGGCUUUCUCGGACUGCGGAGCCGACCCGGCGUGCGUCCCAGCACCUCGGCACCGGACGCGGCUCGGCAGGGCGCCCGGCGGGAGGGUGGGCGAGCGCGUGUCGGAGGCCGCCGCGCGGGCGGGCAGGGGGGCGCUCGGGAGGGAAGGAGGCGGGGGCGGCGGGGCAGCAGCGGGCCCGGCCGGCCGGGGAAUGUCGAUGCCUGACGCGAUGCCGCUGCCCGGGGUCGGGGAGGAGCUGAAGCAGGCCAAGGAGAUUGAGGACGCCGAGAAGUACUCCUUCAUGGCCACCGUCACCAAGGCGCCCAAGAAGCAAAUCCAGUUUGCUGAUGACAUGCAGGAGUUCACCAAAUUCCCCACCAAGACGGGCCGCCGGUCCCUGUCCCGGUCCAUCUCGCAGUCCUCCACGGACAGCUACAGCUCAGCGGCGUCCUACACAGACAGCUCUGAUGACGAGGUUUCCCCCCGGGAGAAGCAGCAAACCAACUCCAAAGGCAGCAGCAACUUCUGCGUGAAGAACAUCAAGCAGGCAGAAUUUGGACGCCGGGAGAUUGAGAUUGCGGAGCAAGACAUGUCUGCUCUGAUUUCACUCAGGAAACGCGCUCAGGGGGAGAAGCCCUUGGCUGGUGCUAAAAUAGUGGGUUGCACACACAUCACAGCCCAGACCGCGGUGUUGAUCGAGACCCUGUGCGCCCUGGGGGCUCAGUGCCGCUGGUCUGCCUGCAACAUCUACUCCACGCAGAACGAAGUGGCUGCAGCGCUGGCCGAGGCCGGGGUCGCGGUGUUCGCAUGGAAGGGCGAGUCGGAAGACGACUUCUGGUGGUGCAUUGACCGCUGCGUGAGCACGGACGGCUGGCAGCCCAACAUGAUCCUGGACGAUGGGGGAGACUUGACCCACUGGGUGUAUAAGAAGUACCCAAACGUGUUCAAGAAGAUCCGAGGCAUCGUGGAGGAGAGCGUGACUGGCGUUCACAGGCUGUAUCAGCUUUCCAAGGCCGGGAAGCUCUGUGUUCCCGCCAUGAACGUCAACGACUCCGUCACCAAACAGAAGUUCGAUAACUUGUACUGCUGCCGCGAGUCCAUCCUGGACGGCCUGAAGAGGACCACGGACGUGAUGUUCGGAGGGAAACAGGUGGUGGUGUGCGGCUACGGCGAGGUGGGGAAGGGCUGCUGCGCCGCGCUCAAGGCCCUCGGAGCCAUCGUCUACAUCACGGAGAUCGACCCCAUCUGCGCGCUCCAGGCCUGCAUGGACGGGUUCCGGGUGGUGAAGCUGAACGAGGUCAUCCGGCAGGUGGACGUCGUGAUAACCUGCACAGGAAACAAGAACGUGGUGACGCGGGAGCACCUGGACCGUAUGAAGAACAGCUGCAUCGUGUGCAACAUGGGCCACUCCAACACGGAGAUCGAUGUGACCAGCCUCCGCACCCCGGAGCUGACGUGGGAGCGAGUCCGUUCUCAGGUGGACCACGUCAUCUGGCCCGAUGGCAAACGCGUCGUCCUCCUGGCAGAGGGCCGUCUGCUCAACCUGAGCUGCUCCACAGUCCCCACCUUUGUCCUGUCCAUCACAGCCACCACACAGGCUUUGGCACUGAUAGAGCUCUAUAAUGCACCUGAGGGGCGCUACAAGCAAGAUGUGUACUUGCUGCCCAAGAAAAUGGACGAGUACGUGGCCAGCUUGCACCUGCCAUCCUUCGACGCCCACCUGACAGAGCUGACAGAUGACCAAGCCAAAUAUCUGGGACUCAACAAAAACGGGCCAUUCAAGCCGAAUUACUACAGAUACUGACGGACCACACCCCCGAGGACCAGCCCACGUGAACCACACAGCUCUCAAAGAAAGCUUUUUAAAGAUCACUUUUAUUUUCGUCCUGUUCCUUUCCUCUCGAUGUGUUUUCUAUGAUUUCGUUCUUGUUUCUCAUCUCACUGCCCAAGUUCUGCAGACGGCACAGGAACUUGCUUCGUGGCUCUUUAGAUGAAACUGGGGUUCAGGGGUCCUCACUCUAGUCACUAAAGAAGGGUUUUACUCUCCGAGCCCAGAAAGGUGACUCUUCCUUCACUGUUUCUGGGGACUUAGUCUUAACUGGGUACCUUAUCAGCAGGAAACGUAAGGUACCUUCGAGGUGGAACAAUCUGCAGUGUCUAAAUUGCCUUAAAAGAGCCCAUUUCGUAGCUGCUGAAGUCAGUGCUCUUUGACUUCCUCAGAGGAGCAGGGGAGGGACCUGCCGGCCAGGCGGGUCAGACGUAGGUGGUCUACGUUGCCCUCCCCCCCAGAUUGCCCCCCGCCGCCCCGCAUCCUGUGUGGAGGGGCUGCGUCUGGCCCAGAGAUGCGUGCUGGUGGGUGGUGUUUGCUCAGACCCAGGGGGCCCCCCCGAUUGGGACAGCCCUUCCUCCACUCCCACCAGACCCUCUCAUUUUUCAGGUUUUUAACCAGACUGCCCUCUGUUAAGUUGAAUUUCGUCCCCCAGCAUUUAUUUCUGUUGUUCAAAAAAUACGUAAGACACAUGUUUAGUCCUAACGCUGAGGAACUGCGUGGGUGGCUAGUCGGUUCAGUUUCUCUUCUAACGCUUUGGAGCUAAGAGGGCAGAGCUGAGUCUGGAGAAGUGCUGGUCUCAAACUCGGAUAAAUCCCUGUUCCUAGCCCGCAGUUUAUAGCUUCAAAAUGAACUGGGGUCAUAACCGCCAGUUCUGUCAGCUCUGCCCCACACAGCUUGUGCUGAAGGCGAAUUCCUCGGGCCUUUACUCAGUAUAAAGCACUGAGCUCUAUUUUUAGGAUUUAUCCCUCAAGAGCAAAUUUCUGGACAGCUGUGCUUCUGCAGCCUGAACUGCGUGAAGGGAGGUGGGUGUGGCGGGAGGAGGAAGGAGGUCCUGGCCCUGGUGAGGGGAUGCCAGCUGCGGAGACCGUGCCGGGGCCUCAGGCCCCGCGUAACAUUAGUUUUACAGAAGUGAUACCACUUUUGAUUGACACGUGCCACAAAACGUUUCUGAGCUAGGAUCUGAAAGGGAAGUGUGCGUGUAGAGAAAGCAGCCAGUCCGGCCUGGCUCACGCUCUGGAGGAAUCCCGCAGGGCGGCUCCCAGUGGUCAGAGGGGCGUGUCCCUGGCCCUGCCUCCGCUCACCAGCACUUCCGCAUGGUCACGUGAGCUGCGUGCUCCUGAGCUUUACCUGUAUAAUUAUCCAGGAUCCUAAAUCCUCAACUUGUUUGCGCUUGUGAUCCUUCAGAACUGGGUCAGGUGUUAGUGCUGGGUACUAGGAAUUUACAUUUCUCUACCGCCAUUGCCCAGAGAGACAGACGUGGAAACCGGAACAUGAGAAAGGAGAGCCCUCGCUCGCCCUGCCGCUCCCCGGCAGGGCACCACGGUCUUGCCAAACUUUUUUCCCUUUCCUCUCCUGUUUCUCCCCACCCAGCCCCUUCCCACUCCUUGCCAGUACGGCCAUGCUCGCUUCUCUGUAGAUGCUAAAGGUUCAAGCCCUUUUCCCCAGGGCAGGUAACCAGCCAAUCAGAACACCACAUCCUUUAGGGGAAGUAACCUGGCCAACAGGGGUGUCCAUCAUGUCAGCUCUGCCGGAGGGAGGGGGCCCAGGUCCCGCCGCCCUCCGACCGGCCCCUGCUCCCGUGUCUGUUACUGUGUCCAUAGGAACAGUAGGUAAGGGCUUCGUCUCUGUCAAGCCAUGCAACAAGGACACCGUGGAAGAAUGUCUGGCAUCAGAGGGAGCAUGUGGAGAGCAACUUGGGAGGAUCAAGUUUAUUUUGUAUUGAAUGAUUUUUAUGAAUGCAAUAUUAAUCCUUGCAGAUGAGCAAUAAUCAUUAAAGUCAAUUAAAAUGAUGAGACCUUA